UGCUUUUUACCCACAAGAAGCGUGCUAAAACGCUGGUCUUUCUCUUCUUCUAUUUGAUUUGAUUUGAUUUGAUUACAACAUUGGAAGAAGAGUUAAUUAUGGAGCUUAGAUCAGACGAUGGCUCCUCAAAAAUAAGAGUGCGUCUGCUAGUUGCCAAUGACAAUUGCUAUAACAAUAUACAAAAUGAUGGCAGAAUUGAAGAUAAUACUAUUUCAGGACCAACCUCUUUUUCAAGAACUUGUUUCAAUGGACUCAAUGCUUUGUCAGGAGUUGGCAUACUUUCAGUACCAUACGCAUUAGCAUCAGGAGGAUGGCUAAGCUUAAUAUUUCUCUUCAUUAUCGCCAUCUCAACUUAUUACACCGGCUUAUUAAUUCAAAGAUGUAUGGAUAUUGAUCCAACCAUAACAAGUUACCCUGACAUAGGGGAACGCGCAUUUGGAAUUAUUGGAAGAAUGCUUGUCUCCACGACGAUGAACGUAGAACUUUAUAUGGUCGUAACAGGUUUCUUGAUUUUAGAGGGCGAUAACUUGGAAAACUUAUUUGGAGACAUACAAGUUCAAAUAUUUGGAGUUAUUACAAUUGAUGGAAAACAGUGUUUUGUGAUUAUUAUAAGUCUUAUUAUUCUGCCUACAGUUUGGCUAAACAAUAUGAAUAUCCUUUCUUAUAUAUCUGCUAGUGGAGUGGUGGCAUCUAUUGUAUUACUUGGAUCUAUUUUGUGGGCUGCUCUAUUUGAUGGGAUUGAAUUUCAAGCAAGUGACACUCAGUUUAUAAAUUGGAAAGGAAUGCCAACUGCUAUUAGCCUCUAUGCCUUCUGUUAUUGUGCUCAUCCAGUUUUCCCAACCUUAUAUACUUCCAUGAUAAAUCCAAAAAAGUUCUCUAAGGUCAUGUUUGUUUGCUUUCUACUUUGCACCAUCAGCUAUGCAUCAAUGGCUAUUGUUGGAUAUCUCAUGUUUGGUCCAAGUGUACUUUCCCAAAUAACCUUAAACCUCCCCACCAAUAAAAUUAGCUCAAAAGUGGCAAUUUACACCACACUAGUCAAUCCAAUUGCAAAGUAUAGCUUGAUGAUAAAACCACUAGAGAAUAGUAUUGAAAAUCAACUUCCAAUUCAUUACAACACAAGAAUGUGUAGCCUAAUUAUUAGAACAGGUUUAGUAAUUAGUACUGUCAUUGUAGCAUUAGCAAUCCCCUUUUUUGGAUAUCUAAUGUCACUUGUUGGUGCAUUUUUGAGCGUUACAGCUUCCAUAGUACUACCAUGCUUGUGCUUCUUGAAGAUUUCUGGGAUUUAUCAAACAGUAGGAUUUGAGCAAGUAGUGAUAGUGGGGAUUGUGAUAAUGGGCAUAGCAAUUAUGGUUGUAGGUACUUACACUUCUGUCUUGCAAAUUAUCAGUCAUUUGUAAGUGAAAUGUUUCACAUAUUUUCUUUUCUUAGUA